AUGGAAGAAAGCAAAGAUAUCGAUCCGACACCGGGACCUGAUGCGGCGGUAGCAUAUUUGGAAAACGAGCGACAAAGACUGAAGGAAGAACUGGCCAACUUCUGCAAACAGCCUACAGAGCGGGGCAUCUCGGAGUUGUUCACAUUGCUAGGGCUUACUAUUGAGUUUGCGCAGUACUCUGUCGCCUUGAUGAACACCACGGGAGCCACGAUAGUGACCUGA